AUGGAUUCUACUUCAAAACAGAUCUGGAAAAUCUCCUACACAGCUUACAUCCUGUUUGGUUUCCUCACUCUAACUUCAACAACAGAAGCAUCUCCAACAUACAAAGGCUCUUACUGCAACGACACCAUAACCUACGAACCAAACAGCACCUUAUCUACAAACAUCAACGUCCUCUUAAAUUCUCUAACCACCAACUCCUCCCAACAACAAGACGGUUAUUACAUGAAUAUCAUGGGUUUCGGAACAACAAACGCCGUCAACGGAAUGUUUCUCUGUCGCGGCGACAUCAACACAAGCACAUGUCAAAAUUGCGUUACUGACGCCGCUCAACGGAUCAAACGGCGUUGUAACAACCAAACGCAAGCGAUUAUUUGGUACGAAGAGUGUAUGCUACGUUACACGAAUACGUAUUUUAAAUUCUACAGUAUCGAACCAAGGUUGAAUCUGAAAGACGGUAAAAAAGUCUCCGGCGUUGACUUUGACUUGUUUAAUAAAACGGUGUACGGUUUGUUGAAUAAGGUGGCGUUUAUGGCGGCGCAUUCCACGACGGCGAAGAGAUUCGCUACCGGAGAAGUGAAAAUUAGGAAAACGUCGUUGACGGUUUAUGGAUUGGCGCAGUGUACUACGGAUUUAUCGACAUCUAUGUGUGACACGUGCUUAGGAAUGGCGAUCGGAACUUUGCCGGAGUGUUGCGGUGAUGAAGAGGGUGCAAGUGCUCUGCUUGCGUCGUGUAUGGUUAGAUAUGAGCUCUAUCCAUUUUACAAUGUAACUUCAUCUUCUUCAGGAAAAAGUAGAGUUGGAGCAAAAGUAAUUAUCAUCAUAAUUUUCAUAGCCUUUCUUUUGGUAUUACUUAUAUUUGUAGGCUGCUAUGGCAAACGGAGAGUUACAAGGCAGAGACGUAGGACAAUGCUAAAGGAACAUUUUGGGGAUGAACUAAAAACACUGGAGUCAUUACAAUUCAAGUUUGUUACAAUUCAAGCUGCCACCAACAAAUUUUCAAAGGAGAACCAGAUAGGUAAAGGAGGAUUUGGUGUUGUCUACAAGGGUGUUCUUUCUGAUGGACAAGAAAUAGCAGUAAAGAAACUGUCAAUAAAUUCAGGACAAGGUUCUAUAGAGUUUCAAAAUGAAAUAUUACUCAUAGCCAAGCUUCAACACGUAAAUUUGGUGACUUUGUUAGGAUUCUGUUUGGAAGAACGAGAGAAAAUGCUUAUAUAUGAUUAUGUGUCUAAUAAGAGUCUUGAUUAUUUUCUAUUUGAUCACACAAAACACAGGGUGUUAGAUUGGUUCGAGCGUUACAAAAUUAUAGGAGGAAUUGCACGAGGAAUUCUUUACUUACAUGAGUAUUCAAGACUUAAAGUCAUACAUCGAGAUCUCAAAUCUAGCAAUAUACUGUUAGAUGAUAAUAUGAAUCCAAAAAUAUCUGAUUUUGGUUUGGCAAGAAUAGUUACAAUCGAUCAAGAACUGGGAAGAACUAACAGAAUUGUGGGAACAUACGGUUAUAUGGCUCCAGAAUAUGCAAUGCACGGACAAUUUUCUGAGAAAUCAGAUGUAUUUAGUUUUGGGGUUAUAAUUAUUGAGAUAAUUAGUGGAAAGAGAAAUGCCCGCCCCAUUGCAUCAGAUGAUUUUGAUGACCUCUUAAGUAUGGCUUGGACAAAAUGGAGGACUGAAACGCCAUUGGAAUUGUUGGACCCCGUUCUAAAAGACUCAUAUUCUGAUAAUGAAGUUAUUAAGUGCGUUCAAAUUGGUUUGUUAUGUGUUCAAGAAAGUCCACUUGAUAGACCAACAAUGGCACAAGUUGUCUCAUAUCUCAGUAAUCUUUUAGUUGAAUUACCAUUUCCUCAAGAACCAGUAUUUUCCAUGGAUAGGAGAACGAGCUUAAACAUAACAAAAGAGUCUAUUUCGGGUCAGUUUAAUAGUAAUUCUGCGGUAUCAUCAAUCAAUGACAUGACCAAGAGUCAAUUUUUCCCUAGAUAA